AUGGCUCGACUUUCUUCAAAUCCCGUCGGACUCCAUAAAUUCCGUUCGUCUUAUAUUUAUCCCGAUAUAAAAUCUCUUCGUUUCAUAAAUCCCUCAGUUCAUUCUCGCUAUAGAAAGCUCAGAUUCCAGUGGUUGUACUGCGAAACUGAACCUAAUCCGACCGAGAUUGUUGAAUCUGGUUCUGAUAAAGAAGAAAAGAAUUUGGAAGUGACAAGUUCCCCUAGUGGUGGUGGAUUACCUGCUCUCCCAAACAAAAGCCUCAACCGGAGAGUUGCAAUAACUUCUGUUCUUGGAGCAGUAGGCCUGUUUGUAUCAGGUAGACUUGAUUUUGGUGUUUCUUUGAAUGAUCUUUCUGUUGCAUCCUUACCUUAUGAAGAGGCUCUUUCAAAUGGGAAGCCAACUGUUGUGGAGUUUUAUGCAGAUUGGUGUGAGGUUUGUCGUGAAUUAGCUCCAGAUGUUUUCAAAGUAGAGCAACAAUACAAGUAA